UUUUUUUCCCAAUAUAGGGCAGAAUGCUGUUUCCUGUUCGAUUUCUGUUCCUACUGCUACUUCUAGGAACCUCAAGAACAAGCAACUCCCAUAAGCUCUACCAGACAGAGUCCAUCUUCAGCUGUAUUAAUGCAGCCCUGUCUGGGGCUAAAAGUCGACUGGAUGAUGAGUCCUCAUUGAGCAAGAGGAGCUUUGGUUACAUUCCCAGUGAGGAACUAUCAUCUGAGAAGGAAGACAAGAAGGAGAAAGAAGAGGAUGAAGAAGAUAAGGAAAAAAGAACAUUAUCUGGGGGUAGGGAUGGGAUUGGGGCAGGGGUUGAGGGUACCAGGUAUAAGUACCAGUCCCAGGCACAGCUAACCAGGAAGUUAUACCAGAACAAGGCCCAGAGUGAUCGGCGAACUAAGUUCACCCUGUCCCUUGAUGUCCCUACCAACAUUAUGAAUAUCCUCUUCAACAUAGCUAAGGCUAAGAACUUGAAGGCUAAAGCAGCUGCCAAUGCUCAUCUUAUGGCACAAAUUGGGCGAAGAAAAUAAAGAUGCUCCUAGAGUCAAGCAGAGGCUGAAGGGAAUGAGAAGCAUGACAGAGAGGUUAAGCAUGUAUUUAGAGUGAGGAGAGAUGAAGGGUAUACAUACCAUGUAAUUGGUAUGUAUAAUGGUUGGGAUCUACUCCUGAUUUAUCUAUGUCUCUUGUUCCUUCUUGGGUCUGCCUGUUGACUACUUUUUCUCUGUACAUAUAAACAAAAUUAUGUUUUACAACUUGCUGUGUUUCUUUCCUCCAUCCCUCUGACUUAAACAAAGCUAAUGUUUCUCUUUUCUCUGAUCAUGUCCCCUUUAACCCUUUAUCUAUAAAGAGAAUUGCCAGUGUUUAUCUCUUUCUCAUCCUAUCUUAACCCUUCUUCUUCCAAAGCAGGUGACUGAUUUUUCCUCAUCUUUCACCCAAAUCCUAUUUCUCCAUACCAAUUAAAGCUAAUA